AUGGGCAACACUGGACAAGAUACAAAAUGCAUUGUCGUCAUAGGUAGUUCCCAAUAUUCUCUUUCGAGCCCCUGUCUAAUUUGGAUUGGAUGAUUGUGUUAUUGGUGUUUCUAUAGUCUACUGGGUGAGUCAACACAUUUUGUACGGUUCAUCAACUCACAACAUCACCAUUCUAAAUCGCGGGACCUUGCUGGGGAAGCUGGAGCUCAUUGAUACAAAGUUUGAACUACAUGUACGAGAAUGGAAUAAGCCUCGUGAAUUAGGAUCAUAUUUUGAACUACGUUCUAAGGUCAUCAGGCUUGUUAGCUCCUUGGGUGGUAACUCCUUUUCUCGCUCCUCUUAAUUUCAAUCUAGACACUGAGCUUGCUCAAAGGUAUAAGAAGGAUGUUUUGUGGGGUUAUCGCCGUGUUCUCUGUGUUCUCUGUGUCUACUUCGCAGAACAAAACCCAUGUGUCGAAAGGGAUUGGUCUUCCUGAAACAUUGAGCUGGAUUGGUGAGUUUGGGCAUCAAAGAAUCCACCGAGAUUGUUAAACCGGAGAAUACUGCUCAAGUUCAUCCGGGGUACCUCACCAGCCAUCUUUUAAGUCUCGCACGAAAGGUGUGAACAUCAUCAUAGGAUCUGCUAAUUUGAUUAAUUAUUCUUCAGGCAGUGCUAUCAGUUCUGUGAAAUUUAUCCGACGUGGAGCGAUGAGACAAAUCGACGCAACUGACAUGCUCAUCGUAGCUGGUCCAUGGCCAUCUAAAAGCCGCCUCGUACCCAUAUGGUGUCAGGAGCCAUAGUAUCCUAGUGAGCCCAUCAAAAAAUCAUCAAGUCCAUACGUUUUGUUUCAAUUUUUGAACCCCCAAUCUCGAAGGUUUCUCCAAACUACAGGAAGAAAUACGUGGUAAAACGGAAGUGGAUCAAAAGUUGAUUGUGUUAAAGGCCAUCAUCAAUCAUUUUCCGGCGAUCAAAAAUGGCGAAUUCGUGCUAGGACAAGCAUGCUUCAGGCCUCAAAUUCGAAAACAUGGAGAAGGAGAAGCAGUUAGCCUAGUCGCGGGAGGUGUUCCAUGUGUGACGGGACUAUGGAUAGCCGCUGUAUACGAGUUGGGCUCCAGAACCCCCAUGGAACGGGAAAGAUUCUUGCUAGAAUGGCGAUGAGAGAUGAGCUUGAAGUGUGGAUGUAAAGGCUCUGAAUCCAAGCAUUUGCCUAUGGGAAUUAAGGUGCAUUAUUGCUUAAAUCUGGUCUAGGUAGUAUGAUAACUUCAUCCGCGAUUGAAGGAUUUGUGAUAUCUGAUGGUUUCCCACAAAUCUGGUUUAUUCGGGGGAUACAUACAUAGUUGGGAUGUUGGGUGGUAUUUUAUAUUGAGGUGAGUUCCAUUAAACUCAUGCGAAUGUCACUCACAAUAUUUUGAUGAAAAAUAUUUGGAUCCUCACAGAGGCUAAUAUCAAGCUAGGUACCAUUUGCCUACAGCCAAAGAGAAAGGAGAGUGGCAAAGGGCGGUCUGA